UAAAGUGUAUAUACAUAUAAUAACGGGUCAAGUUAAUAUAUAUAAAAAUAUUUUGUUCUUUGCUUUAGCACGCGACUCUCUAAUGAAUUAAGCCAAACAAGUCACACAGGCAAAAAAAAUUUUUUGGUUUAAGUUGUAUACACAUGUAUUGUGCGAUACAUUUCUAUUUACGUAUGCUGUGCGAUAUUUAAAAAUGUUCAUAUUUAUAGCUGGCGCGUUCCUCUGAAAGUUGUACAGGCUGCCAUAUUUUAAGACCUUCUAAAUGUCUCUCUGCAAACAUUUAUAAGUUUUUCACAUCAAGAAAGUUAUAUUCAAUAUAUAAAAUUUCAAGUGUAAAUCGUAAUCAAAAUCGAGGAAAACAUCUCAACAUAUAUAAAUCUUACUUUCGCAUAUAUUUUGUAAGAAAGCAAUUAUUUGGAUAUGUAACGAAAUAUUAUAUCAAAUGCAGUAUAACUUCAGGCGCCUACUUGUUUAGAGAAUUUUUGAAAAAAUAAAAAAAAACUCUCAUUAUUUAUACAAACGUUUAAGAAUGUACUUGACCUAAGUCUUUGUUUAAAUGAAAAUUAAAAUGAAAAUAAAAAUCAACUAAAAUAUCUAUAUGAAAAUAAGCAAGAAAAUCGUGAUAUAUUACAAUAAAAUGUUUAAAAACUUUUUUAAAAUAAUAUUGAAUGCUUCCAUUAUUGUGGUCAUUAUAAUUACAAUACAAACAAAAAGUGAAAAUGCAGAUUGUGCCAAAACUACCAAGAACAACAAUAGCAGCAACAGGAACAGCGGUAGCAACAACACCUGUAUUAAUGAAAAUUAUAAAGAACUGAUGAAAGCAGCAUUUUUUAUAAACACAACUGACACCCGCUCUCAGCAUGCACAGAAAAGACAAAAUGAAUCACUGCCUCACAAAGCCGGCUUAUGCGCAAAGAAAAGAGAUUAUUUCGAACGAGGAAAACGUAGCGUUUUUCAUGUACGCUGGAAUCCUAAUGAGAAAUAUAUCGUUGAAAGUCUUGAAAAUCCAGCGGUAAAUUCUUCCAAAUACUCACCACAUCCCCGCUUAAAGGUAUCAAAAACAACUAAAAUCUCAUUGAAUCCGAAAAUUUAUUUGUGCCGCGAUAAAUAUGAACUCCGCUGCUUAAAUAAAACGUUAGCUUUUCGUGAACGUAUCAUUAAGACCCUUGAGAAAGCGGUUAUUGAAGUGGUAAAUGAAACCAAUCAUUAUAAUGUGGAUUUUAAACCAGUAUUUGGUAGCAGUUUCGAAGAACAAUAUUAUCCCUCGUCCUGUUUAAUGAUGGAAGCUGAUGUACGAGUUUUGCGGCGUAAAGAUCAUCCGUUUAAUAAGCUGCAGUUCGGCAAACUUUUUCCCAAACAAAAACUUUUUCGUCAUAGUAAAAAGAUAAAAGCCUGUGCUAUAGUAUCAAGCGCUGGAUCUAUGGCGGGCUCCAAAUUGGGACGAUUUAUAGAUACUCAUGAUGUCGUAAUGAGAUUUAAUCAUGCACCAACGCGAGGAUACGAAACUGACGUGGGGAGCAAAACAACUAUACGUGUCGUGAAUUCACAAGUUGUCACUAAAACUGAAUUUGAUUUUGCGCAUGCGCCGAUUUUUCAAAAUGUCACAAUUGCUGCUUGGGAUCCAGGCAAAUAUAAUGCAUCUCUGGAAGAUUGGCUUACAACCUCCGAUUAUGAUUUAUUUUCAAAUUAUGAAAUUUAUCGUCGUCGCUAUCCGAAAUCACGUGCCUUCCUCGUGAAUCCCCACUCGAUUUGGCGUUUAUGGCAGAGUUUACAAACAUUUGCGGGUAAUCGACUUAUACGUAAAAAUCCACCUAGUUCCGGCUUUAUAGGUCUGGCUUUACUUCUUCCUUAUUGUUCCGUUGUACAUUUCAUCGAAUAUAUACCAUCAACACGUUUAAACGGUCGUUGUCAUUACUACAGCAAAGAAAUAAAUUCGGCAUGCACGUUUGGCUCGUGGCAUCCAUUGGCCGCCGAAAAGCUGAUGGCACUUGACAUGAAUAUUGCCGACGAUAUAUCUGUAUUUCAAUAUGGCAUUUUGCGUAUAAAGCGUCCAAACAAAUUAUUGUGCGGUUUUAAUUUUCUCGGUUAUUAAAUCCGAAGCACUAUCAUCACAAAAAUAUUCUGUCGUCAAUGCAGCACACCUUGUCUAUAAAAUACUGAAUUCAAUAGUGCUAAUAAAAACAGAAAAGAAGCGAAGAUUCAGUCAGUACUACAAUGAAUGCUUUAAUAUCUCCGAAAAGUGGAAACUUAAUGAAAUUAAAUUUAUUUCCAUAUUUCGCUUUUAUGUUAACUAGAUUUACUAUUAAUUACAAUUGGUAUGUAAGAGAUUUUUAUCAUAUUUCGAUUUUAAGCAUCAAAAGCUUUAGACCUUAAGUUUACUUUUAUAAUUUUAAAAUAUUACUGGUUUGCCGCUUGGCUUACAAAAUGAAUUGAAAAUUAAUGCUAGCUUUUAGCAACUUCAUCUAUUGUGGGUGCCCAGCCACUGGAAUAUCAAGAUUGUCACUGUAUUGGAAUCGUCACCAGUGAUUUUUAUAUAACUAAACCAAUUAGAAACACUUAACCCACCUUUAAGUACCCUGCACCACACUAAAGUUAUUCACAUAACGAUUUUUAAAGACAAAACACGUUAUAUGCGACGUGACGAAGAAGUAGUCCGAUUCGAACCAUUUUUUAAUAG